AGCAGUCUCUAUCAGUCGUUUGUCGAGUGAGCCGACGAGUCGACGGCGUUUCGUUUGUGUGCUAUUCAUUUAUCAGUGUUUACUAUAUACUUAUUUAAAACGAUACAAAUUGCAUUUCCUAAAACAUUUUUAUUAGUUCGGAUUGGUUCUUGAUCAGAUUUACUGACCGAAUCAUUACAAGACCGAAAUGAAUCACCGUCAGAUGCCGAUGCAGCUUUUAUUGAAUCUCUGAUUGAUGAUUAAUGGAAAACUAAAUUGCUAGAAUAAAUUUCAUAAGGCAACAACACUUUAACAUGGAAAAUCAAUCCAGUUCAUCAGGUAAAAUGGUGGACUUAAAUGCGAUUUGUCGCCUCUGCCUCUCGCAUCAACCAGAUACAUUAAAGUCGAUUUACGAGGAGAUACUGACGAAAAAUCAAGUGCAUCAGAAGAUCGAGCUGCUGCUUCAAGUGAAGAUAAGCCGACAUGACAAGCUCUCUCAUAUGGUGUGUAACGAAUGCAUAGACAGAUUAGACAAUUGGUUUGUUUACAAGAAACAGUGCCAUAAGAACCAAGUUAAGCUCACUGAGUGGCUGAAGAUUAGCGAAGCAGACCAAGGAGAUUUGAAAGAUGGACUUAAAUUUAAUGAGACGGAUUAUGACCCAUCGAGCCAGGGGACCGGCCUUCUACCUGUUAAAGUGGAAAUAACCGACGACGGCGAGGAGUUUGACGUGAACGUGUUGAACGGACUGCAAACGGAAGCGAAUGAUAAUAUUUUCCUUCAAGACUUGGAUUUUGAUCUUAGCAUCGUUGAGACGGACGAUGACCGCCGAUGUCCGGACUGUGGACGAAUGUUCGGUUCCGGCCAGAACCGCAGACGACAUCAGAACAUGUUGCACGCGAAAAAAGAGCGGCGCGCUAAAAUGGCGGAGAUCCGAAAACAAAAGAAAAAUUUACCCGAAUCGAACAAUAAGCAAGAGGUUAACCUAUCGGAUGAUAAUUCAACAAAAACAGACAGUCAACCAGAAAAUAAUGUCGAGGACAAUAGCGAAAUAAAGUCGACGGAAAUCACUUCUACUUCCGACUCUGGGGUAUCGAAAGAGCAGCAAAAUGAUGAUGAAAGUACCGCAACUGAAACUACUAUUGUAGACGAUAAAGAAAAGGAUGACGUUAAUGAAGCUGUUUCUAAAAAUGUCCCUGAAGAUAUGGAGAUUGAUACAUUGGGUUCUGAAAAAGGUCAAAAGAUUGGUGAGGACAAAUCAAUAGCAGAAGAAUUAGAUUGUGCAACGCCAAUUUCUGAAGAACAAGAAGAAAAUAACGAAGUUAACCCGGAGAACCAGCGAACUAACGAAAUAAAAGUGGAAAAGCAGGAAAGCAAUGUAGGGAAAACGGAAACCAAGUCGACCACAUCGAAAAACGAUGAAAAGAAGAUCGAAUUCGCGGCGGGUCUUCAUUUGGUCCAAAAAGACACAAUGGGAACCGCAAAACCGUCACAAUUAUCAAAAAUUGAACUGAGUUACGCGGAAAAGUGCAAAGCGAUGAUUUCCAUGUACCAAACGCUGCAGUGCGCCUGCCAUAACGUCCAGCAUAAGCAACUUAAGCACUUACUACAACAUCUUAGGGACACUCGUUUGUGGUUUCCACUGUUUACCUGCAUGAACUGCAUGAUAUCCUUGACCGAUCGUUCCAGUUUCACAAGGCAUCACUCCAAAUGCCUUAGGGAACCGUUGGAAGUACUAAAAAAGCUCUCGGAGUUAAAGGAGAGAACCGAAAUAAAAACUCGACUGUAUCAAAACUUCAAGUGUAACAGAUGCCAAUUUUUAUUCAGCUUCCAUGAGGACUUUUGCAAACAUAUCGACGAGGACCACGUGUAUGGUACCGCUCCAUUUUAUUGCUCUUGCCGCUGCAUUUUUGACUCUAUCGAGGACUACAAAAUGCACUCAUACACUUCUUGCCUGAUUUCGUACUAUUGCGACAUUUGCUUUGUCACCACUUCAACAAUUGAGGAGUUCAUUCAGCACGCCCAGGCUACCCACGACGAUUCCGAAGGCUUCGUUUUGCUCCAGGAGAACGCCUACAUCUGCCGCGCCGGCAUGUCCCGCCAUAAGGAAGCCGACGAUCCCAAUAACGUCGUGGAAGGCAAAAGAGAACGGAAAAAGUCGCAAAAGGAACCCAUACUGAUCCAAGUGUAUGACGAUCAAAUACCGCAGAACAUAAAAGAUAUUCCUAACACAGUUAUCAAGACAAUGAUUCAGAUGGAGCCAGAGUAUGCCGAUUAUGACAAGUGGAGUCCGGAAGUGAAAAGAACGCGCCAGUGCCGCUGUCCUGUUUGCCGGAAACAGUAUUCGAGUAUCGGAAAUAUGAUAAGGCAUUACCGGACCCAUAUAGAGCGGGGCGAAAUCGAGGUGCCGUGCAUGGAGUCGGAAAAAGAGGAUUUGUACACUUGUCCAGAGUGCGGCGGCGUUUACCCGAAAUCGAAAUGGCAAGAGCAUUUGGACGAGAAACAUCCCAAUUUGCAAUGCCAAGAUUGCGACAAACAGUUUCAGUUUAAAACCGAUUUGGAGCAGCACAGGAGCGUGCAUCUGAACUUAAAAGUUUAUCGCGAUUCAAAAACGGACUCUUACAAGUCGGCGAUGCUCAGUCCCACUGCUGAAGAGCUGAAUCCUUUAAUGGAAAACGGCUUAAUGGCCUGUGAAAUGUGUGACGCAAUGUUUGAUAAUCAAGAGGACUUAAAGGAACAUAAGGAUACUUUCCAUCAGGUUAAAUUAGAAAACCCUGAGGAAUAUAUGUAUGAAAAUGACGCCUCUGAGAUGAUUCUUCCGUUGAUGGUCAAUAAUGAAGACUCCAAGUCGCAAUCUUCUAUGACUGAUUGUAUGGAAAAGCCAUUUUGCGACCCUUGUAAUAAAUAUUUUUCAAGUUGGAAGGCUGUAAAGGAUCAUUCUUUUCAUUACCACGGCAAAGAACUAUCCAGAAAGUGGGAAUAUCCGCGCAAAUGCGAUCAUUGUAGUAAAGUAUGCUCUACGCCAAACGGUUUUAAGCUACAUAUGCUAAUGCACGACAGAAAUCGAAAAGGGGAAUACCCGAAACAGUGCAUUUAUUGUGACAAAAUGUGCGCCACUGGCGCCGGAUAUUUUAAACAUGUCCAAGCCCAUGAGAGAAUACAAGUGGGCGACGUUAAACCAAAGAAAGAAAAGAAAGAGGAAGUUUUGGGGGAACCACCAGAGGAAGAAGAGGAGUCUUAUCACACGUGCAAACAUUGCUUCAAAGUGUUUGCCACUAAAGGCCGCUUAAAAGACCAUAUGAAAUGCCACGUGGGCAAUAAAAAGACGAGAAAAGUCCUAUGCGAUCUCUGCCAUACGGCUUUCGAUAGUCAUGAAGACUUAGAGGAGCAUAAGGCGACCGAGCAUGCGAAUUUAGACGAUAUGCCCAUGCUGGACAACGAAUACGAGUUCGAAGCCAAAGAUUUAGUCAAAAUAGAAAUGACUCCCGAUAUAAUAUACGCCUGUGAUAUUUGCGAAGCGAUUUUCAAUACGAAGCACGACCUCAAGGACCAUAAAGAGACACAUAUGCCAAAGAACAAACCCGCGGGACUCACGUGCAAAUAUUGCAAGAUCACGUUCACUUCCGUACGAGACUUGACGAAGCAUAUGCACGUGGAGCACGGGGAAAGUUCGAAACCCAAACACUCCAAAGCGAGAUCAAAAUACGUCGUGGACGAAAAACCGUUUAAGUGUCCGAUUUGUAAAAAGGCGUUCGCUAGUAAGCAAGCGUUAGUGGGCCACGUCGGCUGGCACAAAAGAACCAAAACGCAACUCAAAACCGAACUGAUAGAGAACACCCCGCAAGCCACCGCAGAAGCAAAACUGUACAAUAGAGAAAAAGCUCUUAAUAAAACGGCGACAACCAGGAAACAAGAGCCUAUAGAGCCUCCCGAGUUCCAGUGCGGCACCUGCCUAGUAGAACUACCGAACGAUAUCGCUUUGCAGAUUCAUAUCCUCGAGAAGCAUGGCAAUUUGGAUGCCACCAUGCUCAUCCCGAAAUGUCACACGUGCAAUAAAGACUUUGAAACCCAAGAGGAAUACGAUCAACAUAAGCGCUUCCAUGACUUCUUGGAACGACAGAAAAAGCACGACAAACAACAGAAAAUCCAAACGCCCGUCAUACAAAACAUCCAGAGCCAAGGGCUCGGCGACGGCAACUUGAAAAAGUAUCCAUGCAACUGGUGUAAUUCGGUGUUUAGUAAAGCGGAAACGUUGAACACGCACAUAAACAGUCAUCAUAAGGAUAAUAAUGGAGGGGGCGAGUUCAAAUGUCAGGAGUGCAGCAGGGUGUUCGACAGGCAAAGUUCCUUGAACAUUCAUAUGCAAGUACAUCGGAAACGGAAGAACGCCGCGGCCCUUGAAGUCAGCCCGGGGGGAAGCAAACUUUACGUCUGUUCGUUGUGCAACAUGGGAUUUAACUUUCCCAAGGAUCUUAGGAAUCACACUUUCCACGCGCAUCCGUUUUAGCUUAAUUUUAGUUUUAUGUAAACAUAUUUCGGUGCCAGCCGUCGAAAUAAUUAUUGUAAAUAAAUUAAAAAAACCCCUUUGUGUUAGUGAUUAGGUUUAUACGUCGUCGUUCUUAAAACGAAAUAAGUUUCUCUUUUAACUUUUCCGGUUUGUUUUUUGUGUGCAAGUAAAUAAUGUCAUAAGUUUGUAGUUUUAUCCUUAGUAGCAUACUGUUGUAUUUUAUAAAUGAAUAGUCAUUUUCAAGGACUACGGAUGUUGCUGAUAAAAUGAUGAAUGUUUUUAAAGGGAUGAUUAUAGAGUGGAUGUAAUACAAAACAGCUAUAUCUUGUCAAAUUAAUGUUUAGCCUUCACAUCUAACCCUAGAUCGCCGUCUAAAUGGGUGCAAACAAACAGUUUGUGAGUUUAUUCUGAAAGGAGAAUAUUGACUAUUUAAGGAACAAAUCAAUUCUAAAAUUAGUUAAGUUUUAAUCACAUUGUUUCUCAAGAAGGGUAUAAAAAAUAUUUUACAAAUAAAAAAAAAGGGUGUAAUUACCGAAUUUUUGCCCCAUAUAAAGGUUUUGGUAUUAAAGCUAACCCCAUAGUGUCAUCUAUAUAAAUGAUCCGUAUUAAUUCUAAGUUUUUAAGCAAUAAUACCAUAAAAUGAGUAAUUAUUGAAAUAAAUUGAAAUUUCCAUGUUUGAACAUUAGUCACAGUGCAACAUAAAGUGUUUGUUUUAUAGUAGGACGAACAACUAAAUAUUGGUCUUUUGUCUUCAUAGUCUUACAAGACUUCAAGUCCCUUUUUAAACAAAUAUAUCUUUAAAAAAUGACUAUAAAUAAAACAUUGUGUGCUACUGGGGAUCUUGAGAAUAAUAAUUACGUUGCUGCUGCAGCCUCUAUUAGUUAUAUAUAUUUUGAGAAUUUGUUUUUAUUUUUAAUGUUUUCAGGAUGUAUACGGUUACCGCUACUUAAUAUCAUCAUUUGUAACGCAUUAAGCGAUUUUUAUGGACAAUUUAUUUUUAAAACAGUAAUGUUUUAAAAGUUUGCUGAAAAGUCGAUAUUUUAAACAUCACUAUUUUAAAGCCAACAUUUCAGCACCAGGGUCAGACUGUCUUAUUUAUAA